AUGCCAUGGAGGCCAAGGACCAUAGGGGAAACCCUUCUCGCAUCUACUCCUCUGCGGUCCUCUACUCCUCUGCGGCACCUGUCCCCCAAGGAGCGUCUUCGCGAGGCAAAGCGUGAGGAGCUUGGGCUCAUCUCCAAGGAACGGCAACGUGAGCUUGACGCUGCCAAGGCUAAAGCUAAAGCUAAAUCCAAGGGUGCCAGUGGAGGUGAUGGUGACCGCAUUCUGAUGGGUCCGCCGGGCCUUGACUAUAUCAGUCUUGGUCUGGUGGAUGAGGAGGCUAUCCCUAAGUAUGAGCUGACAGUUGAAGAUGGCCUGCGUCUUGCAAUAGAAUACAGCCGUGUGCUAAUGCGACGACACCGUGCACGUCAAACUGCAGAGUCAACACUCUUGAGGCUCAAGAAGGAGGCCAUUGCUGCACUCCCUGAGAAGCUGCGGGCUGCUGCUAUGGUUCCUGACAUGACCCCGUUCCCUGCAAACCGAUACAUGGCAACACUCACACCACGGAUUGAAGGGUAUAUUGAAAAGGUGCGAGAUGCUGCCAAGAAGUAUUCAGUGAAGGAGAAACUUCGCUGA